GACGACGACGACGAGGAGUCGAGAGCGAGCGGGUCGGCGCGCUGUGCCGGGAUCGAGAGAGCGCGAAGGGUGGAUCGAAUCGAUCGAUCGUGUCGCAGGGCAGAUAUCCGUCGCCGAACGCGUGAUAUUGAUCGGGCCGCCACGUCGGAAGCAGGGAAAACGCAGGUUAUGACAACCUAACCUGGAUGCACCCUCUCUCUCUGCCCGGGGGUUGUCUGCCACCCUCUGCCAGCCGCUGUCGGAUAGCAUAGUCGAGAUUAUAGUCAGGGCGAGUGACCCUCCGGAUGGGAAACGAUCGCUUGGGAUCUCUAGCGAGGAACGCACAUCACAGGGAGAGGCGUCGGCGGCCGGCCGCGAAUCCGCGGAAACGCGAAUGCGCAGCUUUGCAUUGCAAUUUCAUGGUUGUCCGCGCGAUUUUGCCAACGGCGGAUAACGCGCGUCGCGCAUGAAUGUGCGUUUGGCUGGGCGGAUGCACCACGUGGUAACCGUGGUCGGUAUGUUACACGGUGCUGUAACAAACGCAUCGCGUCGUGGCCGCGUCGUGUUAUUUACGGAUGUAUCACAGCAGAGUACGGAAUAAUGGAAAAACGGCAAAUUUGUCUGCGCUGCAUUGAAAAGUGGCAUCGAAAAGUUCAACGGUAAUUCAGAGCCUGGAUUAAAAGUCAUUCCAUUUUAAAGGAAGUUAUAAGAGGUGAAAUGAGUUUGACUCGAUGUGAGAACCCGAUGCAACUUGCACUGUAUAUAUCGAACGUUAGCCGUGUCUAUAUUCUUUUCUCAAGAAUACUUUCUUGGAAAAUUUGCACGGGGCGGUUGCACAAAAACGCCUAUAGAUUAAUUGCACGAAAAUACCUGUGGAGGGGAGCAAUGAUUAAAAAUGUCCAAACGCGAUACGGACGACAUCGCAAGAUCUCACCGGAACAUCAAACGAUCGCCUCGCCGAUCGGAUGUCACGCUUGCAACCAGCGGACAACCGAUAUUCGCGCAUCACAUAGCAAAAUGGGAGAGACACUCUUGAUUGGUUUGUGGAUCAGCCUGUUAAUGGUAUACGCAAAUGGCAUUCGUGGGCCGCAUCAUCCUAAAAGCACUGUGUCCCAUCACCAUUACACGCCGCAAAACGAAAUCAAAUUAACGCAAGAUUCCGAUCUUCUUCACGAUGCCACACAUUUGAAGGAAGACAUGGGUCCUUUGGGCGAUCAACUCGACUUUUCAAAGAUGACCGAGCAGGAAAUAGAGUUCCACUAUUUUAAAGUCCACGAUGUCGACAAUAAUACAAAGCUAGACGGAUUAGAGAUUCUUCAUGCUAUACAACAUACUUUCCACGAGAAUAGACUCGCCGAAAAUGAUGAUUUCAACGAAGACAUGCAGGACUUGCCUUGGAUCGUAGAGCUGAUUGACAGAGUGUUGGAAGAAGACGAUGUGAAUAACGAUGGGUAUUUGGAGUACGUUGAGUACGUGAUGGGCAGGCAAAGGGAUCAUAUCGCACAAGAGAAACGCGGCAAGCUCAGAAUUGGAACGUGAACAUUUCCAUUUAGCUAAAGUACAAGUAAAACUUACUUUAUAUAUAUAUGUAUGUGUAUAUAUAUAUGUGUAUGUGUAUAU